GCCCGCCCAAGGCCCCGGAAGCGGCGAUGGCGCGGAAUGUGCUGUACCCCCUGUACCAGCUGGGCAACCCCCAGCUGCGCAUCUUCCGAACCAACUUCUUCAUCCGCCUGGUGCGGCCUGGCCAGCCCCAGCCCGAGGACACAGUGCAGUUCCGGAUCCCCAUGGAGAUGACACGGAUCGACCUCCGUAACUACCUGGAGCGUAUCUACAACGUGCCUGUGGCCGCCGUGAGGACAAGGAUACAGCACGGUUCCGGCCGGAAGCGGGACCACCGGAACAGGCGUCUGAAGGAGCCUGACUUCAAGGUGGCUUACGUGCAGCUGGCACACGGACAGACUUUCUCCUUCCCCGACCUGUUUCCCCAGAAAGGGCCUGGGGAGCUCGAAGACCCCCAGCAGCAGGCCCUGCAGGAGCAGCAGCAGAAAAUCCAACGGGACCCCCGGAGAGGCGGGGUCCCCACGUGGUUCGGCCUGUGAACCCCUUCCUCCAUGCAGCCUGGGCUCCCACAUUCCCGGCAGCACCCCGAAAGUAGCUCGCCCCACACUCUGGCCUGUGUGGCUCAGCUCAGAGGGAGAGAGGCUGCAGGGCCCAUGCUCUCCCGUCAGCCCCGCCAGCCUCCCCGGGACCCCCAAGACUGCCAGAGUGAAGGGCCUGAGCCAGAGCAGGGCAAAGGGAAGGGCCCGGCCUUGCACAAGACUGACCCUAGUUUCAUCCCCGGCACCCCAUAGGGUCCCCCGAGCACGAUCCCUGAGCACUGAGCCAGGAGUCAGCCCUGAGCACUGCCGGGUGUGGCCCCUAAACCAAAUAAAAAGAAAGGAAAAAUA